AUGACGCCAACUCCGCCGCCGGACUUCAAGGAGACGAUCCUGCAGAUUCUCACCAACCAGCAGGACCUCAUGAAGCGGAUUACGGAGCAGAUGGAGAAACAAGGAGGAAACCAAGGCAGCGAGCUCGUACUGGAUUCCCUCGCGAGCAAUAUCACCGAGUUCGAGUACGACCUGGAGAAGGAGCUCGUUCGAGGCCUGGUUUUCCCGGUAUGCAGAUCUGUUUACGGAGGAUGCAUGCAAGCUGGACGACGACGCAAAGUGCGUCUGCUGCUGCGCAAGCUCAGUCCCGCCGCACACGAGAGGUACACAUCCUUCAUCCUGCCCGAGCUUCCUAAAAAGUUUAAUUUCGACGACACGGUUGCCAAGCUCAAGUCCAUCUUUGGCAGUCCGGUUUCUCCGUUUCACCGUCGGUACCAGUGCCUACAGACGGUCAAGGAAGAGGGCGAGGACUACGUCGCUUACUCCUGCAAGGUCAACCGAGCUUGUGUCGAGUUUAAGCUGAAGGACCUCAAAGAAGACCAGUUCAAAUGCCUUAUUUUCGUGUGCGGGCUGACGUCUCCGAAGGACGCGGACAUCCGGAUGCGCUUGCUUUCGAAAAUCAACGAGACGGCGGACAUCACGCUGGAGAAGAUAGUGGAGGACUGUAAAAGCAUCAUCAACUUGAAAAAGGACACCGGGCUCAUCGGUGGCCAGUCUACCUCCACCGUCGCUACCGCCUCCACGCAGGCUGUCCGAACGAGUUCUCCCCACGGCAAGUUCCGGAAGAAGGAGCGGACUGGCGGAAAGUCCGACGUGCCGAACGCCCCAUGCUGGUCUUGCGGCGGGAUGCACUACAACAGCCAGUGCUCGUUCAAGGACCACAAGUGCCGCGACUGUGGCCGCACCGGCCAUAAGGAGGGGUACUGUUCCUGUUUCGCGUCGAAGUCGAGAUCAAAGCCGUUCAAAGGAAAGCAGCAGCACGUCAAGAACCACGCAUCCAAGAUAGUCACCGUCAAGAACCUCAAACGUAGCUACGUGGAGACGGCGAUCAACGGAGUUCCAGUGGACCUGCAGCUGGACUCGGGCUCAGACAUCACAAUCAUCUCCAGGCAGAACUGGGUCAAUGUCGGGUCACCUCCAACGUCUCCACCGGACUGCAACGUGCAGACAGCUUCCGGGGACAAACUGGGCAUCGAGGCGAUGCUCCGACUUGAUGGACGAGUUCGGGCUCUGGGACGUACCCUUUUCGUCGUUCUGCAAGCUGGUCGGAACUCAAACACCGGAUCAGCAAGUGGUCGAGCUGAAAACCAAGUUCCCGAGGUGUUCAACGAUCGCCUGGGCCUGUGCACCAAAACGCAGGUGCGCCUCGUUCUCAAGCCAGACGUCCAGCCCGUGUUCCGGCCGAAGCGGCCGGUGUCGUACAACAUGGAGGCCGUCGUCGAGGACGAGUUGCAGCGACUCGAGAAUCUGGGUAUCAUCAAGCCGGUCAGCUAUUCGGACUGGGCCGCUCCCAUUGUGGUGGUCCGCAAGCCCGAUCGUUCCGUUCGCAUCUGUGCGGACUACUCAACCGGUUUGAACAACGCGCUCGAGUCCAACAACUACCCGCUUCCUCUCCCGGAGGACAUCUUCAACCAGAUGUCGGGCUGCACGAUGUUUAGCCACAUCGAUCUGUUAGAUGCAUAUCUACAGGUCGAGGUCGACGAGGACAGCAGAAAACUCGUCACGAUCAACACGCACCUGGGACUCUACCGCUACAACCGGCUCUCCCCCGGUGUCAAGAGCGCCCCCGGCGCGUUCCAGCAGAUCAUGGGCACCAUGCUGGGUGGUGUUCCGUGUACAGCUCCGUAUCUCGACGACAUCCUGGUCGGUGGUCGUACCGCCGAGGAGCACAAGGAGAAUCUGUACCGUGUCCUGGAGCGGCUCAAGCAGUACGGGUUCACGGUCAAGCUCGAGAAAUGCAGAUUCUUCAUGCGCCAGGUCAAGUAUCUGGGCCAGCUGCUGGAUACGGAGGGCAUCCGCCCAGACCCGGACAAAGUGAAGGCCAUCGUCAACAUGCCCCCGCCUCACGACGUCCCGACUCUGCGGUCGUAUCUGGGCGCCGUCAACUAUUACGGGAAAUACAUUCGGGAGAUGCGUACACUUCGCCAGCCGCUGGACGAGCUGCUCAAGGAAAGUGCCAGCUUCCAGUGGUCCGACGCUUGCCAGCGUUCCUUCGACCGGUUCAAGGAAAUCCUCCAAUCACCGCUCAUGCUGACGCACUACAACCCUCGCUUGGAAAUGGUGGUGUCCGCAGACGCGUCGAAUGUGGGCAUUGGCGCCCGCAUCGCUUAUCGGUUCCCGGACGGGUCGGAGAAGGCCAUCUACCACGCAUCCCGAAGCCUCACGCCAGCAGAGUCCCGCUACAGCCAGAUCGAGAAAGAAGCCCUGGGUCUGGUGUACGCGGCCACAAAGUUCCACCGGAUGAUCUACGGGAGGCAUUUCGUUCUUCAGACCGACCACAAACCGCUGCUAGCGAUUUUCGGUUCAAAGCGUGGAAUCCCACCGUACACGGCCAACCGCCUCCAGAGGUGGGCCCUCACGAUGCUUCUGUACGAUUUCCGGAUCGAACACAUCUCCACUGACCACUUCGGACAUGCAGACAUCCUCUCACGCUUAAUCAACUCCCACAUCAAGCCUGACGAGGACUACGUCAUCGCGUCGAUCGAGGUGGAAACCGUCAUCUGCAAUGUCGUCUGCCAGUCCAUUGAGCAUCUGCCAGUUUCGUACCACACGAUAGCUGCCGAGACUAGCCAGGACCGGACACUGCAGAAAGUCGUGGAGUUCGUGGACAAAGGCUGGCCCAGCGACGCGAAAUCCCUCUCCGGAACACCGGAGGUCCAGCAGUUCUUCGCGCGUCGUGACUCGCUGUACUUGGCCCAGAAGGUGCUGAUGUACAGUGACCGGAUUGUAAUCCCGAAGAAGCUGCAGAAGAAGGUCCUCGAACAACUGCACCGAGGGCACCCCGGCAUCGAUCGGAUGAGGUCAUUAGCGCGCACUCUCGUUUAUUGGCCCAACAUCGAUGACCAAAUCUCCGCUCUUGUACGCGCCUGCCAGGAAUGCGCGUCGGUUGCGAAAGCUGACACCAAAACGAAGCUCCAGUCGUGGCCGACCCCCGAAAAGCCGUGGCAGAGGGUACAUGCGGAUUUUGCUGGUCCCAUCAACGACACCUACUUCCUGCUUGUGGUCGAUUCUUUCUCCAAGUGGCCGGAGAUCAUUCCGACCAAGCGCACCACCACAGCUGCCACCAUUUCGAUCCUCCGCAAAAUUUUUGCUCGGUUCGGAAACCCGGAAGUGAUGGUGACCGACAACGGCCCGCAGCUAACCAGCGACACCUUCGAGCAGUUCUGCGAGUCCAACGGGAUCAUGCACCUCAAAACAGCACCGUUCCACCCCCAAAGCAACGGGCAGGCGGAACGUUUUGUUGACACCUUCAAGAGGACAGUCAAGAAAAUUCGGGCGGGAGGGGAAGAUCUGGACGAAGCUCUCGACAUCUUUCUCAACUGCUACAGAUCAACGCCGUGUCGGAACGCACCUGGUGGGAAAUCGCCUGCUGAGAUCCUACUUGGCCGACCAAUGCGCACAUCCUUGGAGCUGCUGCGCCCGCCGAGCAAGUUCACCAAGGACAACAACAACAAGCAGGACCAACAGUUCAACGCGAAGCACGGUGCGAAGGAGAAGAGCUUUGUGGUGCGAGACAAGGUGUAUGCUCAGGUGCACCAAGGUAACAACUGGAGCUGGGUCGCCGGAGAAGUGAUCGAAUGUGUUGGACGAGUCAUGUAUAAUGUGUGGCUCCCCGAACGACAGCGUCUCAUCCGCUCACACAGCAACCAGCUGCGGCCGCGCUAUGACGACUGCGAUGGAGUACCGGAUCAAGCAGAGCAGACCAUCCCACUUGACAUUCUGCUAGGCGCCUGGGGUCUAAAACCAUCUGGAGAUUCCACUACGACCGAAGCAGCGCCGCCGCCGCCGCCGGCUGAACCUGAGGGAUUGAGCGAUCUACAGCGAGAGUUCUUGCGAGAGCUUUUUCGAACAACCAACACGAAUCGACGACCACGGCCGGCAAGACCGGGUCCUGAAGUGCCGCUGCGCCGCUCGUCGAGGUCACGGGUUACACCGGUCCGCUACGAGCCGUACCAGCUCUACUAAAAGGGGAGGUGUUGGGGUGCGACUCUAUUUCGCCCCGACUGCCAGCAGACUGAUGUCAUCGCGACAGCGGUCGCCGAUCUGUCAUCCAACCGGAUGCACUCGAUCUGUGCCGUCACUCUACUCCCGCACUCGCGCCGGCAAGACGAACUAUCGCGUGUCUAUUUGUAUAAUUAGGAGUAAUCAAUAAACGUUAGUCUUUAUUCGUUCGUAA